UUUUCUUAUUCCUGCAACGCGAUCCCGCCAAAGAAAACUUUUUACUCUCUUCCUCGAAAAUUCUCAAAUCAUCGUUGCUUCUCUCUUGCGUCAUCUGUGAUUCGUUCGACGGGAUAUUGGAAUUGAACAUCAGAAUCUUCGACCCGUUUUUGUAUAAUGAAGAGACAUCGGAGUAACAAGUGACGAGAGCUGCAGCGAGGUUGAGAUUUUACGAUGAUUUGUGUUUCGUUACGAAAUCGAAUACGUAAUUGGCUUCGCGACUAUGUUAGGCUCCAAUCCGUCGUUGUGAUUCUUAUCUACGCUCAGAUUGGGUGCGCGCUGAUCGGUUCAUUAGGGGCAUUGUACAAUGGAGUCUUGCUGAUAAAUUUGGCGAUUGCGUUAUUUGGGUUAGUGGCAAUCGAGAGUAAUAGCCAGAGUCUUGUCAGAACCUAUGCGUUUCUUCUUUUCUGCGGCAUUCUUCUUGAUGUCUCAUGGUUCAUACUCUUCUUCAAGGAGAUUUGGAAUCUUUCUUCUGAGAUGUAUCAAGCCUUCUACAUCUUCUCUGUGAAACUCACCAUGGCUAUGGAAGUUGCUGGGUUUGUUGUGAGGUUAUCGUCCUCUCUGUUAUGGUUUCAGAUUUAUAGACUGGGAGCUUCUAUCAUAGACACUUCAUUUCCUCGUCAAUCAGAUUCAGAUUUACGAAAUAGCUUCUUAGAACCUCCUCUUUUAGCUAGGCAACGUUCACGUGAUCCAGAAUUACGAAAUAGCUUCUUAGAGCCUCAUGUUAUAGCUAAGCCACGUUCACGUUCUGAUGAAAUCUUGGGAGAUUCUGUUGACGAACCAGCCUCCUACACUCCACUGUCUGAUGGCGGCCAAAGCAAUAUCACUACGCCCAAUGUAACACAGGUGGUUAAAUAUCAUUCAGCUGGAGACAUUUACAAAGGAACCCCAUCAUCUGCUGCAGAAGCCUCUCGAAAUAAGUCUCCUCUGUCCAGAUCCUUGGAGGCACUUGAUUCCAGUCUCCGCUGAUUCAACAUCUCUAUUGACUGUGGCCGGAAGCUAGCUAUCUGGCUAGAGGAACUUCACUCAACGAUCUAAAGCUGUACUUUGUUAUCGAUUUGAAGAACCCAGAUGUGAGUUUUGCAUAGAGGGUGACAAUUAAGAACCAUUUGCCUUGAAUCAUGAUUCGUUUUACUCGAAACUGUAUAGAUCUGGUGUGGGAUAUAUGGAUUAGGAAUGUACAUAUCAGCAUUCUUUUCUGUACAUGAAAAAUGCAUUCUUUUGAGAUGAAUGAAUUGGUGGAUUAGUAUAAAAGAUAUUAUUUGUUGUCUUCCAAACAUUUGGUAUUCAUUAAAUUUUUUGAAGUU